AUGACGAUCUUAAACAGAACCCUGCAUUACACCCACAGAUUAAAGCUUCUUGCAACAACAACCCCCCAAACAACACCAGUUCGCACAGUGCGCAUCGCCGCCUCAGCAACAGCCCAAGACCACCAUGCCUCAACAAACUCCUCGCCUGUCGAGGACGUCCCCUCAUUCCGCACCACACCACCACGACCACCACACACCCAAGUCGAAACUUACAUCUCACGUCUGCCCCUAGUGCAGUCCCUCCGCCGGGACCCAAAGUACAAAGAAACCCGCCCUCACCUCUCCAUGAACCCUUCUCUGCGGCCCGCUCAUUUCGUCGCGGGCUCUCUGGCCGGCCCGGAGAAGAUCACCGUUCCCCCGUACAUGUGGACGGCGUCUGAGAAGCUCAAGGACAGCGGCCGGUGGGCCGGGCGUGUGAUCUCUGUGUUUCAUAUCGGGAAGCAACUGUGCGGGCACCCAGGAUUCGUCCAUGGGGGCUUGUUGUCCGUUAUGUUCGACGAGGCAUUUGCGCGGUGCGUGUCGACGUCGUUUCCGAGUGGCCUGGGUAUGACGGCGAACCUCAAUGUGGAUUUUCGGAAGCCGGCCGUCCCUGAUCGGCUGUACGUGUUGCGGGCUGAUACCGUUAAUGUUGAGGGGAGGAAGGCUUGGGUCGAGGGGAGCUUGAGCUCGUUGCCGGCUUCUGGGGAGGAGAGUGAUCCUGUGAUGGUGGCUGAAGCUAGGGCUUUGUUUGUUGAGCCUAAGUUUGCAGAGUCUAUGGUACCUCUGUAUCGCGAUUAA